AUGGCGGGCGCUGCAAGGACAGGGGGAGCUCAGCUGGCAGCACGGUCCCCUGGUAGCGGUACCGUCAUGUCCCCCCCUGGGUGCCCAGCCGGGGGCUCCCCCCCUGCAGCCGCCACGCUGGCCCCGGCGGGGAGCCUGGAGGUGUGGGUGCCGGAGCGGCUCACCUUCAGCCUCUGGGACUACGGGGUCUUCGGGCUGAUGCUGCUGAUCUCCACCGGCAUCGGGCUCUUCCACGGCCUCGCCAAAGGUGGCCAGAAGACCUUGGAGGAUUUUUUCACGGGGGGACGACGGAUGUCGGCGCUGCCCGUGGGGCUCUCGCUCUCGGCCAGCUUCAUGUCAGCCAUCCAGGUGCUGGGGGUGCCGGCAGAGGCGUACCGGUACGGAGCCAAGUUCCUCUGGAUGUGCCUGGGGCAGCUGCUCAACACGCUGCUCACCGCCCAGCUCUUCCUCCCCGUCUUCUACCGCCUGGGGCUCACUAGCACCUACGAGUAUCUGGAGCGGCGGUUCAGCAGGAGCGUCCGGCUGUGCGGGACCCUGCAGUACAUGGUGGCCACGAUGCUGUACACAGGGAUCGUCAUCUACGCCCCCGCCCUGAUCCUCAACCAAGUGACCGGUCUGGACAUCUGGGCGUCCCUGCUCUCCACCGGAGUCAUCUGCACCCUCUACACCACCAUAGGCGGGAUGAAGGCUGUCAUCUGGACGGACGUCUUCCAAGUCUUUGUGAUGCUCUCUGGCUUCAUCGCCAUCAUCAUCCGGGGGGUGCUGCUGGUGGGGGGUCCCGCCAGGGUGCUGGGCAUCGCCGCCAACGGCUCCAGGGUGAACUUCGGCGACUUCAACCCGGACCCGCGGAGCCGGUACACUGUCUGGACCUUCCUGCUGGGCGGCACGCUGGUCUGGCUCUCCAUGUACGGUGUCAACCAGGCCCAGGUCCAGCGUUACGUGGCCUGCAGGACCGAGAGGGAGGCCAGGAUGGCGCUGCUGGUGAAUCAAGUGGGGCUCUUCUGCAUCGUCUCCAGCGCGGUGGCCUGUGGCCUUGUGAUGUUUGCACUGUACAAGGACUGCGAUCCCCUCCUCGCCGGCUACAUCUCAGCCCCGGACCAGUACAUGCCUUACCUGGUCCUUGACAUCUUCGAGACGUUCCCGGGGAUGCCGGGGCUGUUCCUGUCUUGUGCCUACAGCGGGACCCUCAGCACGGCCUCCACCAGCAUCAACGCCAUGGCGGCCGGCACCGCCGAGGACCUUGUCAAGCCCAGGCUGCCCGCGCUGUCACCGCAGAGGCUGACCCUCAUCUCCAAGGGGCUGUCGCUCAUCUACGGCACCUCGUGCAUCACGGUGGCAGCUCUGGCCUCGCUGCUGGGCGGCGGCGUGCUGCAGGUGAGCCCCGGCACGCCGGCCAUCGUGGGUGACUUCUACGCCAUCUCCUACCUGUACUACGGGGCGCUGGGGACCCUCACCACGGUGGUGGCGGGGGUCCUGCUCAGCUCCCUGCCGGCCAUCGUGGGUGACUUCUACGCCAUCUCCUACCUGUACUACGGGGCGCUGGGGACCCUCACCACGGUGGUGGCGGGGGUCCUGCUCGGCUCCCUGCCAGAGCACCUUGAGUGA